AGAAUGUGGAAGAAUUUGGAAAAUUUUCAGGCUAAAGAAAAGAAUUAUUGGGAGAUUAUAAGUUCUGUUAUAGAUGAUAAUUCUUCAAGAACAUUAGAAGGAGAAUUGUUAAAUUUUCAUAUUCCUGAUACAUUUCUGCAAGAAUGUAGAGAGGAAUUAUUACAGAAAGGAAUAACAAAAACAUACAAAAAUGGCAAAGUAAAUAUUAACAGUAUACUAGGAAUUUGGAAUGUAUAUUUAAAGUUUCAACAAAAACAGUUAAAGGAAGUAAAAUUACCAAAUGCAAAACAAUGGCUUCCUGUCUUGAAAGAUUAUUUAGAAAACCACAUUUUAAAUCUUCAUAUCUUACAAGAAUUAAGUUUGAGGUUAAAUACAGAAUAUCUACCUGGUAUUGGUAUUUCUGUAAACAGUUUAGAUGGGAUUUAUAAUGGAAAAAACCAUAAUUCUAUUAUUAAUAUUCAGGAGCAGUCAUUUCAGUUAUGUUCACAAACCCCUGAUUAUAUUUAUUCACCAUCAGAAAGUCAAGAUCAGUCUAUUUUGCCUUCAAGAAUCUUUUGUCUUUCUCCUACUUUGGGAACAUCUGGAGAAGUGAUUUUGAAAAGAGAAAGAAAAUAUAUUAGAAGUCCAUUGUUAAAUGAUCCACUUUGUAGUCCAAAUUUAAGAGAUUCCAACAAUAGAAGGAAAUCUCCUGUUAUACAAUUAGAAAAGAUUGGUCAGAAGCAAACAACAAAAGUCAUUUGGCAUUCUAACUGUUCCUCUAAUGAAAAUUUGUCUGACUCUUCUGUCAGAAAUAUUGAUUCGUAUUAUUCUGCAGCAUAUAAUCAUGCUAAUAGAUCAGAUAGUAUUUUAUCGACAAAUUCUAGGAAGCAACUUAUGAAUGUUUUCAAUGAAGAAAAAGAAUUUUCUACUGUUGAUUGUAAUGUUAAAAGUAAAUUUGCUGAAAAGAUUGUUGAGUCAGUUUUGAAUGGAUCUGAAUCAGAUAGUUUUGAGAAUGUGCCGUCAUAUUCAGUUGACAAUUUAACACCGGAUUUAUUUGGUAAUUAG